UGAAAGGUAACUGAUGUGUGCUUUCUGUCUUUUGUCAUCCUUCCUUUAGGACAGGUUACACUAACCCAGCCCGGUGAAGAUCUCUGGAGACCAUGACCAAGAAAAGAAUUGCUGUGAUUGGGGGAGGAGUGAGUGGGCUCACGUCUAUCAAGUGCUGCCUGGAAGAAGGCUUGGAGCCCGUGUGCUUUGAAGGGACUGAUGACAUUGGAGGGCUGUGGAGGUUUCAGGAAGAACCUGAAGAAGGAAGGGCCAGUAUUUACAAGUCAGUGAUCAUCAACACUUCUAAGGAGAUGAUGUGCUUCAGUGACUACCCCAUCCCAGAUCACUAUCCUAACUUCAUGCACAACUCCCUGGUCCUAGAGUAUUUCAGGAUGUAUGCCAAAGAAUUUGACCUUCUAAAGUACAUUCGAUUUAAGACCACGGUGUGCAGUGUGAAGAAGCAGCCUGAUUUCUCCACUUCAGGCCAAUGGGAGGUGCUCACGGAAUCUGAAGGGAAAAAGGAGGUGAAUGUCUUCGAUGGAGUUAUGGUUUGCAGUGGCCACCACACCAAUGCUCACUUACCCUUGGAAAGCUUCCCUGGAAUUGAGAAGUUCAAAGGACAAUACUUCCAUAGUCGAGAUUAUAAGAAUUCAGAGAGUUUCACUGGAAAGAGAGUCAUUAUAAUUGGCAUUGGGAAUUCUGGAGGCGAUCUGGCUGUGGAAAUUAGCCAUACAGCCAAGCAGGUUUGAAUUAGUAAAUUGUUUACUUUGCUUCACCAAGGAAGCUGCAGGUGGAACCAACAGAGUGUAUGGAUACCUGCACACAGCCCAUCAGUGCCAAUGGCAAAUGCGGGGCUUGGUUUCAUUGCCUCAGUUGGCAACAUUAUGAUUGAUGAUGUGAUGGAGCCAAGGUUACAAGUUAGAUUCUCACACAGCCUAGAAGGNCUGAAGCCUAAACACAGAGCUCUGAGUCAGCAUCCAACAAUAAAUGACUUUCUGCCAAAUUGUAUAAUUUCUGGCUUGGUGAAGGUGAAAUCAAACGUGAAGGAAUUCACAGAGACAGCGGCCAUAUUUGAGGAUGGCUCCAGGGAAGAUGACAUUGAUGCUGUUAUCUUUGCUACAGGCUAUAGCUUUGCCUUUCCUUUUCUUGAAGAUUCUGUCAAAGUAGUCAAAAACAAGAUACCCCUGUAUAAAAAGGUCUUCCCUCCUAACCUAGAAAAGCCAACUCUUGCAAUCAUAGGCUUGAUCCAGCCCUUGGGUGCCAUUAUGCCCAUUUCAGAGCUCCAAGGACGCUGGGUCACUCAAGUAUUUAAAGGGAUAAAGACAUUACCCUCACAAAAUGAAAUGAUAAAAGAAAUAGCUAAGGUUCAAGAGGAUAUGGGCAAAAGGUAUGUGGACAGCCAACGCCAUACCAUUCAGGGAGACUAUAUAGAUACCAUGGAUGAGCUUGCUGAUCUGGUGGGCGUCAGGCCCAAUCUGCUGUCCCUGGCCUUCACUGACCCCAAAUUGGCAUUACAGUUAAUUUGGGGACCCUGUACUCCAAUCCAGUAUCGGCUACAGGGCCCUGGAAAGUGGGAUGGAGCUCGAAAAGCUAUCCUCACCACAGAAGAUCGUAUCAGGAAGCCGCUAAUGACAAGAGUAAUUGAAAGCAACAAUUCCACAACUUCAACAAUAACAAUGGCCAGGUUUAUGCUGGCUGUGGCUUUCUUUGCUAUAAUGAUGACCUAUUUUUAGCUGUUCCAUUGUCAUUGUCCCAAUUUUCUUUGAAAGCUGGAUCUGGAGAUGCCUUUAGAACCUGACAAGAUUGAACAACUCUCAGCUUCACAUUGCCCAGAAAUCUACUUUUAUUUCUCUUUCCAAAGCAUUAAUCCUUUUCCCUCUUUUCCCUACAGUGAAAUCCCACCUUUUCAUUUGUACUGACUUACCACCCUUACUCUUAUGAUCCAUCACUUUUUCCUUUCAGUUAUUCCUGGACUGUGAAUUCAGAUACUCUUUUAGUCAUCUUUGUUUUGUCCUUAGCAGAUUUCCUGGCAUGUGGUAGGUGCUUUCUUUUCUUUUUUUCACAUCUUUACUGGAGUAUAAAGGCUUUACAAUAUUGUGUUAGUUUCUGCUGUACAACAAAGUGAGUCAGCUAUAUGUAUAUAUAUAUCCCCAUAUCCCCUCCCUCUUGAGCCUCCCUCCCACCCUCCCUAUCCCAUCCCUGUAGGUC